AUGGUGUCAAGAUUACUGACACUCAUAUGGUCUGACAGUAAAGCUGCCCUACACUGGAUUCAGAACAACAAAUCGAAAAACGUCUAUGUCCGCAACAGGGUGAAUAAGAUAAGUCAGGUCACUGAAGUGAGGUACCUCUAUGUACCUGGUGAAGAAAACCCAGCAGACCUUGUCUCUAGAGGAAUUUCCAUGCGGCAGUUUAAGAAAAGUCAGAUUUGGUUCCAUGGCCCAAGUUGGCUCCCAAACCCAGAGAUGUGGCCAGAGCAGACAGAAGUAUCUACAUGCCACCCACCUGAAACACCUGAAGAAGUUUUAACUACAGUUGUUAGUGAAGAAGCUACUUGUCCCAUGGAGAUCCGUAGGUUCGCUUCCCUUCCUAAACUUAUAAAUGUCACCAAGUUAGUAAUUAAGUUCUCUAGGCUCCUUAAACGUACCAUUGGGAGUCGUAAAACUAAGAACUCAGAACCUGUAAACUCUGAAAAUGUCGAAGUACCGAACUCAGAAGCAUUUCGAAUCAUUAUUGGCUUCACACAGAGUCAGUACUUCCCAGAGGAGAUGUCAUACCUCAACAAGAAUUCCCACAAAAUUCCAACCAGAGUUAAAUGCCUAGGCUUGUUCCUGGAUGAGAGCGGACUUUUGAGAUGCACUGGGAGACUACAAAAUGUGGACCACCUUCCAUAUAGCAGUAAAUUUCCUCUGCUUUUACCUCCUAAUUCUCCUUUGACUGGACUUAUAGUCAUUCAAGCACAUGAAAAGGUUCUUCAUGCAGACGUUCAAGACAAUUUGCAAGGUGAGAGAAGAAUACUGGAUACCAAGACUGAGACAGUGUUUCAAGAAGAUGAAAACAAAGUGUCACCUAUUUAA